AUGGCCCGCAGCUUCUACUGCUACCACAACAGCUGCGACGAGGUGCCAUGGAAGUACAACUCGAUCCCCGCGGGAAAGACUCGCGUCGUGGAAGUGCCCACCGGCUUCGAGGGCCGCAUCACGCGCGGCAACAAUAAACUGAACGUGGCUGGCGUUCCGCGCCUGCUCGCCGCCGUCAUGCGGUCUACGGGUGCGCACCUCCAACGCCGCACCGGUUUCUACCAGUGGGUUCUCGACGGUGCCCGCCGAAGGCUUACUCGAGAAAGGUGGACGGUAAGAAGGUCAUCGACCCCACUGAGGGCAAGCAUGCCGCCAUUCGGCCCGUCGCACGCCACUGGGACGGACCUCAAGAAGGUGGGGGCUAAGCACGCUUACGUCGACGAUGUUGGCCACGGAAGCCUGGUCAUCAACUCGAGCAGUGGACGCUUUGGAAUUUAG